GGGAAUUUACGAAUACAGUUGAAUACAUGGUGGCUUGCAUAACGUGAAGUUUAACCCCGGGGGACGUGCUAAUACCCGACGUCAUCGGCGGGGUUUGCGGGGAUAGGGAAAAAGCGCAGGAGCAGUUCGACUACGUACGAGUAUCGUCAAGAAAAGAAGAGCAAUAUAAAAUCGUCGUAGUCCACAAGAGACAUACACACCAUCUCAUCCUCGAAUUGACCAUCACACGGUUAAUCCCACAACAACAUCACCACCAACAUGUCCCUCCCCAAAGCCCAGCUCGGCCGUGACGGCCCCCAGAUCGACCGUCUAGGACUCGGCCUCAUGGGCCUGAGUGCUUUCUACGGCACUGCAAAGCCCGACGCAGAGCGCCUCGCCUUCCUCGACGCUGCCUAUGAGGCAGGAAACCGCUUCUGGGACACAGCUGACAUCUACGGCGACAACGAAGAGCUGCUGGGCAAAUGGUUCGCCGCCAACCCCUCCAAGCGCGCCGACAUCUUCCUCGCGACGAAAUUCGGCGCCAUACCCUCGGGCGUCGACUCCUCCCCCGCCCACUGCAAAGCCGCAUGCGACAAGAGCCUCGCGCGCCUCGGCCUCCCGUCAGUCGACCUGUACUACUGCCACCGCGUCAACGCCGACACGCCAAUCGAGCACACGGUGAAAGCCAUGGUGGAACUCAAAGAAGCAGGCAAGAUAAAGUACCUGGGUAUCUCGGAGAUCUCGUCCGCCACGCUGCGUCGCGCGCACAGCGUCCAUCCCAUCACCGCCGUGCAGGUCGAGUACUCGCCCUUUGCGCUGGACAUUGAGAGCACGCAGAUCGACCUGCUGCGCACGUGUCGCGAGCUGGGCGUCGCCGUCGUCGCCUACUCGCCGCUGAGCCGCGGCAUGUUGGCGGGUGCUAUGCGCUCGCCCGCCGACUUUGAGGAGGGUGAUUUCCGCCGUCUUGCGCCCCGGUUUAGUGAGGAGAAUUUCCCCAAGAAUCUCAAGCUUGCGGAUCGUAUUGCCAAGGUUGCGGAGAAGAAGGGCGUUACGCCCAGUCAGUUGACGCUGGCUUGGUUGCUGGCUCAGGGCCAGGAUGUGUUUCCUAUCCCUGGUACGACGAAGAUUGAGAGGAUGAAGGAGAAUGUUGGGGGUGCGAAGGUUACGCUGAGUGAGGACGAGGUGCGCGAGAUUCGCAAGGCGUGCGAGGAGGCUGAGGUUUCGGGCGGGAGGUAUCCCGAAGCCUAUUCGAGGUCGCUGUUUGGCGAUACGGCGCCGUUGAAGUAGAUGCGUAGAUCUGCAGGAAGACGUAGUAGUAGUAGACAACCAGUGAUACAAGAAACAACUUCGUAAUCCUCAAUUCAU